GUUCUAAAGGUUGGAUGUGUCUUCCGCUAAGGGGAAACUCUGCCGAAAUUUCGUGGACGCCGACACUUGUGAAAAUAUCGAGGGAGCUGCGUGUGGACAGCAAAGGGGAGCUGAAAUUCGUCAUUUCUCAAGGAGAAGAUGAAUGAGAGAGGAGGAGAUGCUAAUGGAAGAGGAGCUGUAGCUGAGAAGACAAAGGAGACCAGCUGCAUCAAGGACCUGUGGCAGCUGCCCAUCAUCCCAUGGAAUGGGAAGACUCCAACAGCAGCAACGGCAGCAGCGGCAAAGGCAACAGCAGGAAGAGAUGCAACUGCACCAACUGAUGGGGUCCUGGAAGCAGUCAAGAAAGUGCAGCAGCAGCAGACACAUGGCGAGGUGCUUGCUGGUGUGGAUGCGAGUGCGGCAUGGGCUAAGGCUUCAUCAAGGAGUGGAGAGGCCGAUUGGGAGACAUGGCAUGAGAGGCUGUGUCAUGUGAACUUCCCUAUGCUGCAGAAGUUGGUGAAGAAUGGGAGCCUGAAGGGCUUGGAGGUGAAAGGGGAAGUGAAGGAGAUUGGGAGCUGCCCUACAUGCUUGGAGACCAAGUUCUCCAAGUUCCCCUUCAACAGCACUACAGGACCAGCCAAGACCCCACUUGCACUUGUGCACAUGGAUGUGGUGGGGCCCACAAGAGCGCCUUCCCUCUCAGGCAGCCGCUAUUUCUUGACAAUUGUGGAUGACCACACUCGGGCAGUGUGGGUUUACCCUUUGAAGAGCAAGGGGGAGGUGGCAGCGGCUGUCCUUAAGGAGUGGAUGCCUAGAGCUCAGAGGGAAUGCGGAUACAAGGUGAAGGUGAUCCGCAGUGACAAUGAUUCUUGAACUUUGAUUGAACUCUUGAGAUUGA